AUUUUAUAGCAAGAACGACUGAGAGAAAGAGAGAGAAAGCUCUCAUAAUAUUUUUUUCAUGCGUUGGAAAGAUGUCUUCGGGUUUCACUUCAUCGUUAAUUUAUCUGUUCUUAUUCUGCAGAAUCGCUAUGUUGUGACGUAUUCUAUGUUCAACGUUUUAUUCUGAGACCUGCUUUAAGAUGAAGCAUAUUCUUGAUGCCAGUUUUUAGAACCUCUCUUCAAUCUGGCUUUCCUGCAUUUAUAUGUCCAGAGUAUUCACCUUAUAUUGCUAUUUAGACAAGACAUUUGGAUUAAGUGCCGAAUCAACUAAUAUUUAUUGUAUAUAAAAGCUUUUUAACCAUCCAUUAGCUGAUAAAGUGACAUGUUAAUUGUGCAUAUUACGAAGGAUGAAGUAGCGGUGUUUUUAUUGUAAAAGUUUAAUAGCAUGGUUCGAGAUGCUACAGUGAAAUAAUAACCUUUAAACCACGGGAGAGAUUUGACAAGUAUGGAUCGGUGCAUAGGCUGAGGUUGGAACUAAUUGCCGGUCGGGACAUAUUCCAAAAGACAUCGAUCAGGGGCCAAUAAUUAAACACAACUUCAUCAUCGGAACAGUAAACUGUGAAUUGAAUUGGAGGCUUUUUAGAAAUAAAAAUUUUGCUCACAAAAACACAAUUGCCUGCAUUGUUAAAGAAGCCGAGAUUGUAUCGGAAAAUAGCAAUGAUAAGUAUCGCACCAGAUUCAAGUAUUUAAUGACGACAUAAAAGCGGCCACACAAUCAAUAGGAGUCUCCGUUUUUACUUUUGUCAUUGUAAUCGUCGGACAAUGGACAAUUAUGCACCAAACCUCACGGAACCUCAUCCCAGACAAACCUCUUGUAGCCAUGGUCUUUGAAAUCAAAGGGACUAUCUGCUUCAAAAGGAAAAGAUCUCAUUUCGGGAACAGAGGUAGUUCUUGACAAGUGUGAGCGUAAAAUAAAUUUAUUCCUUGUACUUUCUCUGGAGAUAAAUUACAAGAUCCUUAGGUAAGGUGUAAUUAUUUUUUUUUAUUUGUUCAUUCGGUUCAACAUUGACUUUGAAAAUUGAAUUCAUAUUAUCCAAUAAUCUAUUAUGACUGUUAAGAAUUAAAAUUGUGGAGCAUGCGGUCACUCUUAUGGACAUAGUUCGAGCGAUUAAAUUAAAAAUAAAAAAAUGUGAAAAAAUGGAAACUUCUACAUCCUGAUUUACGUUGAUUUCAUGAUGACGUCAGCAAAGUUUGAAAUUUCAAAUAAUUUCACGGCCCUCGUUGCAUACGACCAUACAGAGAAAAUGUUUAACAGAUCAAAUGGCAAUAACGCCAGUACUCCAGGUAACGGCAUGGGAUACGAGGAUAUUUUACCAAUUAUGAAUCCUGGACAAUCUUACAUAGUGCCUAUCAAUGGGAUUGUGUCUAUUAUUUUUAUUUUAGUAACUAUCGUUACCAACAUUCUUGUCAUGCUUGUUCUUCUUCGGAAACACAUGCGGUCACCGACUAAUAUCAUAUUAGCGGCUAUGGCCCUGGCAGAUAUGCUUACGGGACUUUUUCCUCUUCCAAUGUACUUUUAUUUCUUUACGCUUGGAAAUUACGUCGAAUAUCCUCCAUACGAUUGGUGUUAUGUGUACAAACUAUUUACCGAAUAUCUGCCAAUGAUAUUCCAUACUGCUUCAAUAUGGCUGACCGUUUUCUUAGCCAUUUUAAGAUAUAUUUAUGUCUGCCACACUGAUGUCGCCCGAAAAGUCUGCACCGUUCCUAAUGUCAUCAGAGCCACAGUUGGCAUAUAUGUUGUGGCCACUUUAACACAAACAACACGUUUCAUUGAGUCAGAAUCUAUUCCACACUCGAUACCUUCAAAGAGAUCUCCAAAUAAAACAAUUACAACUUGUCUGUUUCCAUACAGACCAUUUGUGCAAGAAGACUUGGACUUGUACUUUAAUCUUAUAUUUGGAUUUCGAGUCAUUUUUAUCCACUUCAUUCCCUGUUCCCUUCUGUUGAUUUUAAAUGCUCUUCUUAUCCGGACCAUGCGUCAAGCCCAGCUACGACGUAGACUCUUGUUGCGACAAAAUAAGAAAAAUGAAUCUAAGAAACUGGCUGACAGCAACUGCACGACUCUGAUGCUGGUGGCUGUUUUGGGAUUAUUUCUGCUCGUUGAACUGCCCCUUGGCGUUAUUAUGAUAUUGUUCAGCAUACAAAAUACGCUUGAUAUUCACAUAUCUGAAACCAGUAACUUUUUACUUAUGACAGCCGUGUCUAAUACAGCUAUCCUGGUGUCUUAUCCUCUUAACUUUCUCAUUUACUGUGCAAUGAGCCGACAGUUUAGGGAAACCUUCAAAAGAAUAUUUACAUGCAAACCUAUGCCUCUGCAAAGAGAAUGUUCCCACUACACGGCCGUACCACAGGAAAAUGGGAAAAUGCACCAAGAAGACAAUAAAACAAACGUUGUAGAGAUAUCUGAAUAUAAAAAGAAUGGAUGAUGAAGAUUUUAUUUUCCUCUUCAGAGAAAUCCGUGAUAAUAAAA